GUUUCUCUAGUAAUCAUUUUCUUUGAUCGUAAGGAUGUGCAAACUUUUUUUUCAAUAAUAUUUGAUUUUUGUUAUGCUGAAGUAAUAUUCAAACUAAUCAAAUCGGUCUAAUGACCCGCCCAAAUGACGAUUUUCCGCGACGAUGUUGUGUGUUAGGUUGUCCGACCGUAGUGUAUAAUCCUCACGAUGCAGAUAGAAAGUUGUUCCGAUUUGCGAGAAGAGCCAAAACCCACAGCGUCAACUCCGACUUCAAUGAACUGAUCGAAAGGCGUUUCUGGGAAUGGAUUAACGUGCUUGGCCAGAACCCACGGAAGGCCCAAUCGUUGUGGAUUUGCAGCGAACACUUUGUGAGCGGUCGACCAGCUGCCGCAGCUUGCCAUUGGGAUGUUGACUGGAUACCGAAUCAAAACCUAAAAAGCAGGAAAAAACAAGCAGCUAAGCGGCUCAGGAGUAAAAGUCAAACCAAGUGCAACAGGAAUAAAAAUGAAUCUGUUUUGGGUAUUGAACAAACCCAUGAAGAGACUAGCUAUUCAAGCGAAGGUGGCCCUUUUUGUCGCCUAUGCUUGAGGAAACAUGUAAACCUAAGGCCGGUGUUCCCAUCUCCUCGAGUAGACGACAAUGAUGUUGUCAGGGUCGUUGAGCAAGUUGCAAACAUUCGUCUUGAGUUCGAAGCGGAUUAUAAUAGUUUUGUUUGCUGCGAUUGUCUCAAAAAGUUGGAAGAUUUCUACAGAUGCCGGGAAGUAUGGCAAUCGAAUGAUGCAUUGAUUAAGGCAUUCAGAACAAAGGAAAGCUCCAUUAAUCCAGCCCCGAUAGAACAUCUAAGUGAAGAAUCAGUACAGGAAAUAGAUGAUACCGACACGUUUUAUCCGGCUCCAAUCCCAAUUGUGGCAAUCCCUAUAGAACAUCUAAUCCAUGGUACAGAAGCUGUAAAUGCAAUCGCAUGGCAUCGGACAUCAGAUGCAUCUGAAUACGAAAAUCAUGAUGAAAUGCAGCAGGGUGCUGAUGUGUUUAGUGACGUACAUGAUACAAAAUAUUCGAUAGAUUCUGAUACGGAAUCGACGUUUCACUCCAAUUUAAAAUCGAGUGUAAAGGAAGGAGCUGUAUAUGACUCAAAACAACCGGUAGAGCUGGUGUCUAACAGAGAGUCGACAUUGAACCAAUGUUCCAAUGCAACAUUGAGUGUGAAAGAAGAACCUCAAGACGAGCGAGAUUCAGAUGUUUCAGAAACGGCACAGAAAGAGAAGAUGAUCAAACAGCUAAUGAAGAAAAUCAGACGUGAAACUCUAUCGCCGAAGAAAAAGAAAUCCAAAAAAUGUUCAAAGCGUCGGAAGCGGCAAGCAUCAGAAAGAACAUAUUUUGACAUUGUAGGCCCUAUCGACAUUGAUAAAGGGUAGCUAACAAAGCACAAGUCUGUUCAAUGUAAAUACAUGGUUUUUAUACAUAUUAUUAAAAUUUCUAACUUUC